CUUUAUUUUUUCAUGUUGCUGUGAUUGUCUCGAUCUAUAUAUUUUUAGGUUUAAGCCAGUUCUAUUGUCUUGAAGCUACUAUGAAUGUUGAAGCUCAAAGAAAGGAGGAUAUAAUGGGUGCAUUAGAUAAAGCUCCUUCAAGCCUUUCAAUCCGUGGAGAAAAGGAGGAAGAAUCAGAUGACUACUACAGUUACUCGGAUUCUGUAGAAGAUACACGUUCAGAAAAUAGCUGGUCUGACUUAUCCCCUCAGGAAGUUCCUCCUCCCAAGUUCUCGCUUGCUGUUACGUUUCUGAAAAGAUUGCAUGGUUCAAUAGUGCAGAAAAGGGGUGUUGCACCCUUGGAGGACAUUGAGUGGCAAGAUAGUUUCUUAAGCAAUAAUGACUCUUCAUUUCCAAAUGAUCCAACUGGUGAUCUGCCUAAUAGUUGGGGAGCUGCAGAGUCCUCAUCAUUUCAAAUUCGUGGAGAAACUUAUUUGCAAGACCGUAAGAAGAUUACAGGGAAAGGAACAUUGAUGCAACUUGUUGCAGCAAACAUGCUGAGAUCAACCAAGAAACAAGAUGAUUUUGCUGGCCGGCCUGGUAGCAUUUGUCAGAAAUUUGCAGCUGCCAACUGCCCAGAUUUCUUUUUCAUCGUAAAUAUGCAGAUCCCAGGUCCAACAACAAAUUUUCAUAUUGCUUUCUACUAUGCAACGACUACUCCCAUCAAAGAUGUGCCCUUGCUACAGAGUUUUGUAGAAGGAGAUGAUGCAUAUAGGAACGCAAGGUUUAAGCUCAUACCUCAUGUAUCUAAGGGGCCAUGGAUUGUCAAGCAAAGUGUUGGAAAUAGACCCUGCUUGCUGGGUCAAGUUCUCAAGAUUCAUUAUGCCCGUGGAAAGAACUACUUAGAGCUCGAUGUAGAUGUUGGUUCGUCGAUGAUCGCAAAGAAGGUGGCAAACACAGUUUUGAGUACCUUCAGCCAUUUGAUAGUUGAAGCAGCAUUUCUGAUACAGGGAAACACGCGAGAGGAACUACCAGAACAUCUUCUUGGGACAUGUCGUAUGAGCCAUAUCGAUAUCUCGAAAGUGGCUUGUACAUAGAUGGGGCAAUAUAUAUAAAUAUAUUGCAAGAAAACUGUAUAGGCAAAUCUGUGAACUGGAGGUGUGUUACUUCCUCAAGAGGGUUCACCCCCUAAAGGCUAAAAGGGUGAUUUAGAAGAUUACAGCAGUAGCAGCAGUAACUUUUAUUUUGUUUCAUUUUUCAUUUUUGUUUUUAUUGUCUUCAAACCAACCCUGCUGAUUAGAGGCUAAACUGUUAGCCACUAGACCAAAAAAAGUAAUAUAUGAUGAUGAAUUGUUGUAAUUUUGGGGGCAUAUCCAGAAAUUGGUCAAAGUGAUGCAAACCUC